GCGCUGCGGCCCGGGGGCUUAGAAGCUGCAGGCCGCGCCCGCGGAGCCACCCGCCUGCCUCCCGCGCCCCCGCCCGCGGAGCCGCCCUCGCCAGCGCCAGUGUCCAGAAUGCUGCGGCGGGGCAGCCAGGCGCUCCGGCGCUUCUCCACCGGCCGGGUUUAUUUCAAAAACCAGCUGAAGUUGGCCCUUAUUGGUCAGAGCCUCUUUGGACAAGAAGUCUACAGCCACCUCUGCAAAGAGGGCCACCGAGUGGUGGGGGUGUUCACAGUUCCAGACAAGGAUGGAAAAGCUGACCCACUGGCUUUGGCUGCAGAGAAAGAUGGGACCCCUGUGUUCAAGUUCCCUAGAUGGAGAGUCAAGGGCAAGACCAUAGAGGAGGUGGCAGAGGCCUACAGAUCCGUGGGGGCCGAGCUAAAUGUGCUUCCGUUCUGCACACAGUUCAUCCCCAUGGAUGUAAUUGACAGCCCAAAGCACGGCUCCAUCAUUUACCACCCGUCCAUCCUUCCCAGGCAUAGAGGAGCCUCUGCUAUCAACUGGACUCUGAUUAUGGGAGAUAAGAAAGCUGGAUUUUCUGUAUUCUGGGCUGAUGAUGGUUUAGACACAGGACCCAUCCUUCUUCAGAGGUCAUGUGAUGUUGAGCCCAAUGAUACAGUGGAUGCACUAUAUAAUAGAUUUCUUUUUCCUGAAGGAAUCAAAGCCAUGGUGGAAGCUGUUCAACUCAUAGCCGAUGGAAAAGCUCCUCGGAUUCCCCAGCCAGAAGAAGGGGCAACAUAUGAAGGUAUCCAGAAAAAGGAAAAUGCUGAGAUUUCUUGGGAUCAGUCUGCUGAAGUUUUACAUAACUGGAUCCGAGGCCAUGAUAAAGUCCCUGGCGCUUGGACAGAGAUAAAUGGACAGAUGGUCACGUUCUAUGGCUCUUCACUACUGAAUAGCUCCGUGCCGCCUGGAGAACCACUGGAAAUGAAAGGUGCCAAGAAGCCUGGCCUUGUUACCAAACAUGGACUUGUUCUUUUUGGUAACGAUGGAAAAGCACUGAUGGUGAGAAAUCUACAGUUUGAAGAUGGAAAAAUGAUUCCUGCCUCUCACUACUUUUCAGCGGGUGAGACAUCAGUGGUAGAACUUACAGCCGAAGAGAUGAAGGUGGCAGAGACCAUCAAGGUCAUCUGGGCUGGAAUUUUAAGCAACGUUCCUGUUAUUGAAGACUCAACAGACUUCUUUAAAUCUGGAGCAAGCUCAAUGGAUGUUGUCAGGCUGGUUGAAGAGAUCAGACAGAAAUGUGGUGGGCUUCAGUUACAGAAUGAAGAUGUCUAUAUGGCCACCAAGUUUGAAGACUUCAUCCAAAAAGUCGUGAGGAAAAUGAGAGGAGAAGAUCAGGAAGAAGAGCUAGUAGUGGAUUAUGUUUCCAAGGAGGUCAAUGAAAUGACAGUAAAUAUGCCAUAUCAGUGUUUCAUAAAUGGACAGUUCACAGAUGCUGAAGAUGGAAAGACUUACGACACUAUCAACCCAACAGACGGCUCUACAAUAUGCAAAGUAUCCUAUGCUUCUCUGGUGGAUGUUGAUAAAGCAGUAGCAGCAGCCAAAGAUGCCUUUGAAAAUGGUGAAUGGGGAAGAAUGAAUGCAAGAGAAAGAGGAAGGCUGAUGUACAGACUUGCAGACCUACUGGAAGAGAACCAAGAAGAGCUGGCAACCAUUGAAGCCCUCGAUUCUGGCGCGGUCUACACCUUGGCUCUCAAGACUCACAUUGGAAUGUCUGUGCAGACAUUCAGAUAUUUUGCUGGCUGGUGCGACAAAAUCCAGGGUUCUACCAUUCCCAUCAACCAGGCCCGUCCAAAUCGCAACCUGACCUUCACCAGGAAGGAGCCGCUUGGUGUCUGUGCCAUUAUCAUCCCCUGGAAUUACCCGCUGAUGAUGCUGGCGUGGAAGAGUGCCGCCUGCCUCGCAGCAGGCAAUACCUUAGUGCUCAAGCCAGCGCAGGUCACGCCCUUGACUGCUUUGAAGUUUGCAGAGCUCUCUGUGAAAGCAGGCUUUCCCAAGGGGGUAAUCAACAUCAUUCCGGGCUCAGGUGGCGUAGCAGGACAACGCCUGUCUGAACAUCCUGACAUCCGCAAACUUGGUUUCACUGGUUCCACUCCUAUUGGCAAACAGAUCAUGAGGAGUGCUGCGAGCAACUUAAAGAAAGUUUCUCUUGAACUUGGUGGCAAAUCCCCACUUAUAAUAUUCAAUGACUGUGAAAUUGACAAAGCUGUGCGAAUGGGCAUGGGAGCGGUAUUUUUCAACAAAGGAGAGAACUGUAUUGCAGCGGGGCGGUUGUUUGUGGAAGAAUCCAUCCACGAUGAAUUUGUGACAAGAGUGGUGGAAGAAAUUAAAAAGAUGAAAAUUGGUGAUCCGCUUGACCGAUCUACUGAUCACGGCCCCCAGAAUCAUAAAGCCCAUCUGGAAAAGCUUCUUCAAUACUGUGAAGCAGGCGUGAAAGAGGGGGCCACCCUGGUGUACGGGGGAAGACAAGUUCCAAGGCCAGGCUUUUUUAUGGAACCGACCGUGUUCACAGAUGUGGAAGACCACAUGUACUUGGCCAAAGAGGAAUCCUUUGGGCCUAUCAUGGUCAUUUCUAAAUUCCAAAAUGGGGACAUCGAUGGAGUGCUGCUGCGAGCAAAUAAUACAGAGUACGGUUUGGCCUCGGGGGUUUUCACAAGAGACGUAAACAAAGCGAUGUACGUGAGUGAGAAACUUGAAGCCGGGACCGUGUUCAUUAACACGUACAACAAGACGGACGUGGCGGCCCCUUUCGGCGGCGUUAAACAGUCGGGCUUUGGAAAAGACUUAGGUGAGGAGGCGCUAAACGAGUACCUCAAAACCAAGACGGUGACGCUGGAAUAUUAGAGCAGUGCCACGACAGGAAACCCUCGGCAGACGGCACUGCUCCUUCGUUCUCGACGUGCUGAAGAAGGCUGGGCGUGCCGAGGAGGGCGGUGUCAGCCACGAGCCAAAAAAUCACACGUGGGCCGUGAAGACCAUCAGGCCACGUGUCUAAGCACUACACCUGUGCCUGAGCUAUACGCCUUCUACGAGUAUAUCUUAUUUUUUCCUAUUUUGAAAUAAGAUAUGUUUUUUGUGCCUUUGAUGUUCUAUUUUUCAUUCCCCUGUGAUGGGUGAUCAACCCACAAACAGUUCUUGAGUACCUACUGGGUACAAGGUGCUAUAUUAUGUCCUGAGGAGUAUACAAAAUUUAAUGACAUGAUCUCUGACCCCAAAGAGUUUAAA